UCAAAAACCCCAAAUUUCCCCCUUUUCAAUUUUCAGUUAUACCACCACCAUGGCUUCCGCCACUGUGGAUUCCACCACCGCCGCCGCCACAGCCAUCACAGAACCGCCACUCCAAGUAGAUUCCAUACCAACGGUAGAUCUCCACCUCCUCUCUCAAUCUGAACUCUACUCUCUUUCCCUCUGUUCCCCUUCGAGUUUCGACCCUCUCCGUGGCGAUGACGUCGUUGUUCCCAAAAUUGACCGUUCUGUCUUCAAUGAGUCGGCCGGUUCUCGCAAACAGACCUACUCCCGCCUCCGGCUCGCCCCGGCUUCCGCCGCGACCUCCGCCUCCUCCAUCCGCCGCCGCACGCCUCACCUCCGCCACACCAGCAAUCUCCCUUACCAGUAUCUGGAUACCGACCCGGAUAAAGACGAAAACCAACAGAUUCUUGCCCUAUUGAAGCAGCUUUUUGGAUUGGAUAGUAGUAUUUGUGUGAGUGAUGAUAGAAAUGAGGAAUUAGUCCCUAUCCGGGUUGAUUAUUCGCAUUCCCUGCCUCAGUUCACGAAUGAUUCGCAUUUGGUGCUGCAAUUAGCCAAUGUAGGGGUUACAGGACAGAAAAGGAAGCGUGGGCGGCCAAGAAAGAAUGAAAAUGCCACCGUUCUGGUUGAAAACAAGGUGGAGAGUCAAUCUAAUAAUGACAAUUUAGUUGGUACAAUGAGUAAUGCGAUUGUGGUGUAUCAGAAUGAGAAUGUGGAGGAUAAGGAUAAGGAAAUAUUGAAUAGGGAUGGAUUUGAGGUGGAUUUGGUGGCACUAGCGGCAAUGGAGGAUCCGUAUGGGGUGGAAUUGAGGCGUAGGACUGAAGGGAUGGAGACUGAGGAGGCAUUAUUGGAGUUCUUGAGAUGCUUGAAUGGGCAAUGGGGAAGUAGGAGGAAAAAAAAGAGGAUUGUGGAUGCGAGCGAGUUUGGAAGUGCAUUGCCCAGAGGUUGGGCGCUUUUGCUUUCUGUCAAGAAGAAGGAUGGCCGUGCGUGGUUGUUUUGUCGCCGUUAUAUAAGCCCUAAUGGACGGCAGUUUGUGUCAUGCAAGGAAAUUUCUUCAUAUUUGCUAUCUCUUCGUGGCAUUCAAGUUGCAAAUCAGCUUACAAGCAAUCAAAUCAAUGCUGAGCAGACUGCUAACAACACGGUUUUUGUCAACACUGUAGGUGAGGCUACUGUAGAUAAGAAGAUUGGGGUGAACCCUGUAUGCCAAAUAUCACCAGCUGUUGCCUCUACACCUGGUAACUUUGUGGUUGAAGUUACUCUGAACACUGGGGAGGACAUGCCAGGAGUUCAAGUGGGAGAGGUUUUACAUUGUGACAAGUGUGAAAUGACUUUUAUUGCACAGGAUGACCUUUUGCAACACCAGUCAUGUCAUCGCAGAAGGAGAUCAAAAAAUGGUGAAUCUGUCACUGAUGGAGUAAUAAUUAGAGAUGGUAAAUUUGAAUGUCAGAUCUGCCAUAAGACAUUUCUUGAAAGACAUCGUUACAAUGGCCAUAUGGGAGCCCAUGUGAGGAACCAAGUUAAAUUUUCUGAUCAAAAUCGAGCUACUAAUGUGAAAGAUUCUCUUGGCACUGGGACUUUUGAUGUUAUUCCUCCUGGUUCUUUGGGGAAAACUUCAGAUGCUCUAGAAAGCUACAUUGCUACUGGAAAUCCAUGGGCAAAUGCUGAUCAUGUGCUGAAUACUUAUUCACUUCAUUGUAGUGAUAAGCAGCAUGGAGAUCGGAACGAGUCUAAUGAUAUGGUGCGAAAAGUUGACAAGGCUAUUGAUGUGGAUGUCUUGAAACACAACUUACCUUCAAAUUCUCAAGCUGGUUUACAUAAUAAUGGAAACAAUGAUUUCUGUGGAACAGCUGAAGGUUCUAGUGCCAUCAAGGGGGUUGCCAUCGGAAAUGAAGCUGGUGUUAAGAUGCCCCAUUCUGAGAGCUGUAGACCUGCUGUAUUGGAUAAAAUACCAGGUAGAAUUGAUAAAACUGUAACAGGGCCGUCUGUUGACAUGGAGGAGCCCAAAGUGCAAGUAGAUGCUGGGAUUGAUUUUCUUGAAAAUGUUGAUAUUGGUUUGGAUGAUGGUCAUUUAUCUCACAAGGUGAUUGAAAUUAGACUCGUGGGCAAUAAAUAUGAUGCUGAUGAAUCAAAUGUUUUUGACAAGAAACAUGAUGGGCUAGAUGUAACUAGUGGGAUUGGACACCUGCAGCAUAGUGAAGCCAAAGACCAUUUAUGCAGGAAUGAUGAUAAUUUGGAUGGAAAAUUAAUCUGUAAUGUUUUCGGAUCUAAACAAGAUACAUCUUCUGAUUACAUGGCCCCAUGUGUUGAUAAGGAAAAAUGCUAUGACAAUGUUUUGAAUUAUACUCGGCCAAGCCCUAGCUCAAUGGUAGUUGGACAGGAAGAUAAUAGAAUCUAUCCAUUGGUAGGCAAGGAGAGUCAUAGUGCUGUCGAGUUGACAAAGGAUUCUCCAACUGGCCUCCAGGAAGAAAGGAAUAUUGGUACUUGUACUGUUCCUCCAUCUUGGAAUGAGCAAGUUAAUUUUAUUGAAAAGUACAACGAUGAAGUUUCUACUUGCUUUUUAGAGGGCCAUGAGCAGCCAAAAGAUUCCGGAAGCAGCUUACCAUCUAUAUCUUCUUUUCAGGAGAACUGUGGUGUCCCAUUGUAUUCUAACAGGAUUUCAGCAAGGCAGAUGUGGGAGCCUAAAGUAAAUGAUGUCCAAAAUGUCAGGAAUAAUGGUUUGUUUCCUUUCAGCUGCAGUAGUGAUCCAAUGAAUAUGGAUUCCAUAACUAGCAGUAAGAAUGGGAGAAGACCUGAAUUUCGUUCAUUUUUUCCAUCCGCAAGUGCUGGAGAUAACAUAGACGAUGUUCACAAUAAUCUAUCUGAACAAAGUGGAAAGCCGCCAUCUGGAAGUGUUUUACUUACUCAGUCCUUCACUGCUGAAGCCUCUCAGCAGCCUUAUGAUAUGAAUAAGAUCUUUGCCCCUCAAGUCGAUGAGUGCAAACUUACUGAUACUGGAUACUCCAAAUUCAAGGACCUUUCUCUUGCUUCUGACAGUCAGCCAUAUAGUAAAAAUGUUCAGCUGGAAGGGUUCCCUGCAGAGAAUUUUGACAUCCAAUCUGGUAUCAAGCAAGUGUCUGGUGUUCAGAGUAACUUGAAUAAUACUGCCCAUAAUGGUCCGGAUAAUCACAGAGAAGCUAGAGCUUUUGGGAUUGAUUUACAUGGUCCAGCUUUUGGUGACCAAACAUGUGAUUUUGAUAAUAGAUUUAACAUGAUUUACCAAGGCAAGGUUUGGGAGGGCCCAAAAAUAGACGAUGUUGAAAAUUCUGGCAACAAGUUCAUUAUUGGUUUUGAUGGUGGCAAUACCCAGCCUGUUGAGGAUGUUAUGUCUGGCAGCAUCUGGAGAACUGGAGAAGGAAAUUUCUUGCAAACGGGUUUAGCCAAUACUUCAACCCCAUUAGAAGAAUCAUCAAAUUCCUUUCGGAACUUUGAUAUUAUAUCUCAAAAGGGUGACAGACUCUUUGGAGUGAACCAGAACUACGAGGGGGGCACUGGCUUUGAAGGGUUGAGAUUAGGAAGAAGUAACCCGGUGGAGUACAGUUUUAUGACAGCUCAAAGUUCAAAUUCUAUUCCUGGAGAAAACAAGGGUUUCUCAUAUGAUGUGAAUACAGGGCAACAGUAUGAUUCCUCAUUUUGGCUAGGAAAGGAUGCAUUGAUGCCUAAUGUAACUGGUCAGAAUCCGGUCCCUACUUUUUGUGUCUGGUGUAGGAAUGAGUUCUAUCAGGAGGAGCCUGUGCCUUCAGGAGCAGAGGCAGGUGCAAUUGGCUCUAUGUGUCCAGCAUGUAGUUCUAAGAUUUCUCAGCGAUUCAAUGUUUUGUAGGCUUACCCAUCACCAGAUGCUCCAGCACUGUCAAAGAACCUCUUCAAUUUCUUAGUGAAGAUUCUUUGUGUAUCCAUAAAGGACUUAUAACAGACGAAAGGAAACCAAAUCAUUUGUUAAAGACAUUUGUUUUUCUUUGAUA